AUUUGUUGGGGGCGGAGCUCCGGCGCGAGCUGCCAGAGAACCGGAGGUGCCCGGUUUAACGGCUGUCCACACUGAGCUGUCGCUCUGAGAAGCGUCGUAGUAGCCAUGAAGGAAGACAAGGAGCACAGGCCCAAGGAGAAGCGAGUCACCCUGAUAAUGCCUCAGGGGGCCUCCGGCGGCGGCGGCGGCGGCGGCGGGACUUCAGGGGAAGGUGGUAAAGGAGAAGAUCGACAGGAUCGCAAUCGGGACAGGAAAGAAGCAAUGAGCAAGGUGGUAAUUCGAAGAUUACCUCCCACUUUGACCAAGGAGCAGCUUCAGGAAAAUCUUCAACCUAUGCCUGAGCAUGAUUAUUUUGAGUUUUUUUCUAAUGAUACUAGUCUCUAUCCUCAUAUGUAUGCCAGAGCAUAUAUCAACUUUAAAAACCAAGAGGACAUUAUUUUAUUCAGGGAUCGCUUUGAUGGUUAUGUGUUCCUUGACAAUAAAGGUCAGGAAUAUCCUGCUAUAGUAGAAUUUGCACCUUUUCAAAAAGCUGCAAAAAGGAAGACUAAGAAAAGAGAUACCAAAGUUGGGACUAUUGAUGAUGAUCCAGACUACAGAAAAUUUUUGGAGAGUUAUGCCACAGAUGAGAAAAUGACAUCCACUCCAGAGACAUUGCUAGAGGAAAUAGAAGCCAAAAACAGAGAAUUAAUAGCCAAAAGAACAACGCCACUUUUGAGCUUUCUGAAAAACAAGCAGAGAAUGAGAGAAGAGAAGAGGGAAGAAAGAAGGAGACGAGAAAUAGAAAGAAAACGACAACGAGAAGAAGAAAGAAGGAAAUGGAAAGAAGAAGAAAAACGGAAAAGGAAAGAUAUUGAAAAGCUAAAGAAGAUAGAAAGAGUUCCAGAAAGAGAAAAAAUAAAGGAUGAACCAAAGAUCAAGGUACACAGGUUUCUGUUACAAGCUGUGAAUCAGAAAAAUCUGCUCAAGAAACCAGAAAAAGGAGAUGAAAAGGAAUUGGACAAAAGAGAAAAGCCUAAAAAAUUAGACAAGGAGAAUCUGAGUGAUGACAGAGCCAGUGGGCAGAGUUGCAUGCUGCCCAAACGACCUGAGAGUGAACUAAAAGAUGAAAAGCCAAAGAGACUUGAAGAGGAGAGUUGCAGAGACUACAGGGACCGAGAUUAUGAACGAGAACAGGAGCGCAUGCACCGAGAAAGAGAGAGACUGAAGCGUCAAGAAGAGGAGCGCCGUAGACAAAAGGAACGCUAUGAGAAAGAGAAGUCUUUCAAAAGAAAAGAAGAAGAGCUUAGAAAAGAGAGAGAAGCACUUCGGGAUAAAGGAAAGAAGGUUGAAAGUACUGAAUCACUAAGCAGCUCAGAAAAAAACGAAAAGAAAGAGGAAGUGGUUAAGAGAGAUCGGAUAAGAAACAAGGAUCGUCCAGCAAUGCAGCUUUACCAACCAGGAGCUCGAAGCCGAAAUCGACUUUGCCCUCCAGAUGACAGCACCAAGUGUGGAGAUCCAACAAUAGAAAAAAAGCAGGAAAGUGCUAUUAGCCAUAGAAAAGAAGGAGGAGAAGAGUGAUCAGUGUGAAUGGUCAGAGGUGUCCUGACUGUUGAGGCAGCCAAAGACCAUGUAUUGAGCAAUCCAGAAAUGCCUUCAGGGCAAAGGAAUGGAGAGCAAGGAAGAAAGGGGUCUUUGUGCUGAUGGGGUACACUGAGGAGGAGUAUGUUUUGUGUCAAAGCAGGAAUCAGGUUGCAGGCUCAGAAUUGUAAGUAAAAUUGCAUCGAGGUUUUUUUUUUCAGUUUCUACAAAUUUUAAGUUUCAGAAAAAGGAUGGUGAAGGCAUGAAUUGCAAUUUUUAGGUGCAAAGUGUCAAGUGAGGAUUUCAUUUUGUAAGACUGUAUGACACGAGGGAAAAAAAAAAAGCUGGUUUUGAAAUCAACUGAUGUUUUUAAUCCUGGAUUGAAUUUUCUUAGUUCAAGUGGAACAGUUACUUUGAAGUCUCAUUAGAUCUAAUUUAUUGCGUUGUUGGUGAUACCUGUUGCCUUUUCAUUGUAUAGAAGCAACAAGUGUGUAAUUGUAGUACAAAUACAGUGACUGAUAAAACAAAUUUUAUUGAUGUAAAAUUUUAAAUAAGUUAUGUUUCGUCUGUAUUCUAGGGUCCAAAUAUCUUAGCGUUAGUUUUGUUUACAUAAAUGAACUUAGCACCAAUAGUAUUUUUAAGCAUCUCAUUUCAUCUUUAACAUUUUUCUAUUAAUAGGUAAAAUGUAGUCCUUGAUUGGUUCUUGACAGUACAGUCUUUGUUUAAUCUUAGGUCUUCUGAUUUGAGUGCAUACCCGUAUCCAGGAAAAAAAAAAAAACUGCACCAGUAUCUGUUCCUGUUAAAUUGCAGUUUUUUGUUAUAGCUUGUUUUAUAUUGUUGACAAUAAAUAUGAACAUCAUUCAACUAUGAA